UAUAAAUAAAUAAAUUGUGGGUUUAGUAUUGAUUUUGGGUUUCUUCGUCGCUGCGACGCUGGCAGUUUCAUGAUCCACAAACGAUUACGCUUCUCAGCGGAAAGAUUUUCCGUUUAACCAAACAGAGUUUCAUUUCAGCUUAUGUAACAAAGCUGACUCUACCAGUUUUAGGGUUUUAAUGGGUGGUGUAUUUAGCAGAAAUAGUUCCAGGAUAGGGGCAAGCGAGAUUUUGCCAAAUGAAAGUUGUAAGAGGCAGAGACUAUCAUCAAGCUUUUCUGAAGAAACCAAAAGAUUGAUUCCAAGUCUUCCCGAUGAGAUAUCGCUUCAAAUUCUAGCUAGACUUCCGAGAAUAUACUACUUGUAUGUAAGAUUAGUUUCGCGGGCUUGGAAAGCUGCUGUUAUGAGCCGUGAACUGUUUACUCUGAGAAAGGAACUAGGAACAACUGAAGAAUGGUUGUAUUUAUUAACGAAGGAGGAUGAUGGCAGGCUUUCCUGGUUAGCUUUGGAUCCCUUGUCUGGAAGAUGGCAAAGGUUGCCGCCACUACCUGGUGUUGCUUUUCAAGAUGAAUCGAGGAAGGUUUUACCGGCGCUUCAGAUGUGGAAUGCAGUGGGCUCAAGUAUCAAAAUUGCUGAUGUUCUCAGGGGCUGGUUCAGGAGGAAGGAUGCACCAGAUGGGAUGUCAUUAUGUGGGUGUGCUAUUGGGGCUGUUGGUGGUUGCCUCUAUGUUUUAGGGGGAUUCUCUGGAGCUCUAGCCUUAAGACUUGUCUGGAGAUAUGAUCCUCUUAUGAAUUCCUGGAGUGAAGUCAGUCCAAUGUCAAUUGGUAGAGCCUAUUGUAAGACAGGAGUCAUAAACAACAAGCUUUAUGUUGUUGGAGGGGUUACUCGGGGCCGUGCUGGGCUGACCCCGCUCCAGUCUGCUGAAGUUUUUGAUCCUCAUACAGGUUUAUGGUCCCAGAUACCAAGUAUGCCAUUUUCAAAAGCUCAGGAUAUACCUACAGCCUUUCUGGCUGAUUUAUUGAAGCCCAUCGCUACAGGAAUGACAGCUUAUAGAGGAAAAUUGUAUGUGCCUCAGAGUUUAUAUUUCUGGCCUUUUUUUGUUGACAUCGGAGGAGAGAUUUAUGACCCAGAUGAGAAUUCAUGGGAUGAAAUCCCAGUUGGGAUGGGUGAGGGUUGGCCUAUCAGACAGGCUGGAACAAAAUUGAGUGUCACAGUGGAAGGUGAGUUGUAUGCACUAGAUCAUUCUGGUGCACUUGAAAGUCCAAGGAUCAAGGUAUAUGAUUUCCAAGAUGAUACUUGGAAAGUUGUGGUUGGUGAUGUUCCUAUACUAGAAUUUAUGGAUUCAGGGUCUCCUUAUCUACUUGCCGGUUUACAGAAAAGGCUUCAUGUGCUCACCAAGGAUGCCAAUCACAAUAUCUUAGUCCUGCAGGCUAAUGUACAAAAACAUUUAUCUUCCUUAUCAUCAGCUUCAUCAUUUUCAUUACAUGACUCUUUAGAUGAAUGUGCUGAAUCAACUGUAGAAUCUUAUACAGACCCUUGGAAGGUAAUUGCAACAAGGUGCGCUAGAUCUACUGAGCUUGUUAGUUGUCAAACCCUGGAAAUUUGAUGCUACUGAGCACGGGAAGCUUAACUUCUUUGAUGAUUUUUUUUUAAAAUCUUUUUUCCUUUUCUCCCUAAACGUUGUUGAAUGUGGUUAUAUUAUUUGGAUGGGGUUUUGUGAUUGACUGUUUUA